CCCACUUGCACCGUUCAAAGUAGAUGCUGGUCUGAAAAGUGAUUACAUCACGAUGAAUCCCAGCAUAAUACGCACAAGAUAUCGCAGAUUUCGGACAAAGAAGGCAAUCAAGAGAUUUAAUGUUGACGUUUCAAAAUACAGCGGCAUCCUGAGCAUACCCUGCCUUGGAAUGCGAUUAUCAGAGGUCAUGAAAGCCUUUUACUUGUUCAAAGGAAAGAAACCAAAGAUGGUAUGCAUGAAUAACAAACACUUCCAAUCAGUGAUAGAUUUCUGGAGAAGCACUGGUGCAAUAAAUAAAGAAUUAUCUACUGGGUUCUACAUGGUUUCAAUGGCCAUACAGCUUUGUGAUGAAAUAGACCUCUACGGUUUUUGGCCCUUCUCCUCGCGUUUUGAAAGCAGCAAGACUGACGUAGCCUACCAUUACUUUGACAACAUCCGCGCUGACACGGCCGUGAAGGCCCAUGCCAUGAAUCAGGAAUUUAGCAUUAUUGUUCAGCUCCACAAUCUAGGCAUCGCCAAAUUAAAUAUUGGUGCAUGUUAAUCAGAACACAGGCCGAGAUUUACAACAAAAAAAAAAAUCCAUAUCAAUUUUAAUUU